AUGUCCAAGUCUCGCACUCCUCUCAUCAUCGGCGGCGCUGCCGUCUCUGGUAUCGGAUACUACCUCUACGCCGCUGGUGGCAACCCACGAGCUGCUGAGAAGAAGGCCGAGAGUGACGCCCAUAGCGCUGCUGCCAACAUCAAGAGCCACCUUCCCGGCCGUUCCCCUAACGCUGAGGGUGAGCUGAAGGGAGCUGGUGCUGCUGCCGGUGCCAAGAUCGACAGUGUUGCUGCCGAAGCCGACCGUACGGCUGGUGUCAUCAAGAGCAAUGUCGAGUCUGUUGCCAAGGACGCAAAGGCCGAGGCCAUGAGAGUAGUCGACAAGUUCGACCACCGUGUCGAGGCGGAAGCCGCAAAGGCCAAGGGCGGUAUCUCGAGCUGGUUCGGUGGCAGCAAAUAA